UAAAAGGCAGUGCGACGACGAAAUCCAUCAAUUGCUAGCUAGCUGGCCGGGUUGAACGAGAGGGCGAAGGCACACGCUUGAGAAGAGCCGCACCAGGGCUGUCAGCGGGCGGGAAAGCUGCGCCAGCGGAGACUCAUCAAGAAGAAGAUGGGAAGGCAGCCGCACUAAAAGCAGAGGCGGUGGGAGGUUCAAGACGAUUAUGGGAAGGCUACCCAUUCUCGUUCAAUCUUCUUCAGGUAGAUGCAGUCACUGUGUUCUCUCCUCCUGUCCAAUCUUUCUUCCUUUCUUUCACAACUGCACAAAUCAAAGCAAAGACAAUCCGCUCUACCUACAUGUAUUGAACCGUUUGCAAUCCAACGCCUUGGAAGCCUCACGUUUCGGUUUCAAUUAUCUCUGUCGAUGAACUCGCUACUGAGGCUUUCAAGUGGGUUAACAUUCUCCCCGGACCCUGUGGCCAACCGGAUACCAAUCAGCUUGGGCCACACAGCGGGUUGCACGCUCGCCGACGUUUGUUCUACCGCAGCCGACACCCUGCGGAACUGUACGCCUUUGUUCGAUUCAUUGUUUGGUUCUAUUUCAAGCUCGCCUCACGUCUAUUUUACCCACGUCCAACUUUGUUCUACUGGCAACGCGAUAUUGCAACUCCCUUUCGAUCAUCUCGGCUCCCCUCUAGUACAACAUACAUGCUCUCGAUGGCUAGUAGUAGUCUUUGAACACGACGACAUUAAGCAGCGCCAUGGCUUUCUCAAUUUUCUUGCGACCUGUGGCACUGGUCUUUACCUCCUCAAGCCCGUCGCUGCCGCUCUGUUCGCUGACUGGGCGCCGACCACGCCUUGCUACAUACAAAGUCGGAGACCCUUGAUCAGCGAAAGUCCAUUUCUCUCUUGGCUCCCAUUCAAAACCAUCCUCGCUCGUCCGCCGAUCCCCCAACUCCUUCGAAAAUGGAUCACCAACAUAGAGCACCACAUUGUGCAGCUUGGAGCGCGGCGACGAAUUCAUCGGAACAGUACAGUAGGCAGCGGCAGUGGUAGCGCGGAAACCUCAAAAGGCGCUGGAGCGAACAAGCGUCGGAAAACAGACCCCAGGCCGAACGGUAACUCUCCUCCCAGCAAUAACGGCCACUCGAAUAACGAUUCCGGCGGGGAGCACCCAAGUAUCGAUGCCAAACCGGAUAAGAAGAGAAUCCUCGCAUGCCACUUCUAUGCACACGACCCCAAUGCACACGGCGACUGUCAGGGCUACCAUUUCGUGUAGGCGAAAGACGUCAAAAGACAUCUCACGGAACCCGACAGAGGCGAUCACUAUCCUCUAAUACAUUGUGUCAUUUGCCACGCCGUUUUCCCGUCACAUGCCGAG